UGCUCUUCUUCUUCCUCCCUUUGUCUUUGGAGAUCACACUUACAACUCUAAACCCAUGGCGACUCCUUUUCUCCGGACUCUCUUCCUCUUCUCCGUUAUCUUCUUCCUCCAAUCCCACGGGGAAGAAGAAGACACUCCAGUCACUCGAUUCCAGCAAUACCUUCGAUUCAAAACUGCUCAUCCAAACCCAAACUACACGCCACCCAUCUCUUUUCUCGUUGACCAAGCCCAAUCAAUCGGCCUAACUACCCGAACCAUCGAAUACGUAUCAGGAAAGCCACUUCUUGUCGUAACAUGGCUCGGCUCAAACCCUAAACUCCCUUCGAUUCUCUUCAACUCCCAUCUCGACUCCGUACCCGCCGAGGCUGACAAGUGGAUUCAUCCUCCCUUCUCUGCUCACCGAACCGUCGAUGGCCUUAUAUACGCUCGCGGCGCGCAGGACGAUAAGUGCAUCGGAGUUCAGUAUCUUGAAUCGAUCAGAAACUUAAAAUCAAGAGGCUUCUCUCCUCUCCGUACCGUUCACAUCUCUUACGUCCCUGAAGAAGAGAUCGGAGGAUUCGACGGGAUGGCGAAGUUCGCGGCCUCGUCGGAUUUCGCGGAGCUGAACGUUGGCUUCGCGAUGGACGAAGGGCAAGCGAAUCCGGGGGAUGAGUUUAGGGUUUUCUUCGCUGAUCGGACUCCGUGGGAGCUGGUGAUCAGAGCUGAAGGCAUCCCGGGCCACGGUGCUAAGCUUUAUGACAAUGGAGCUAUGGAGAAUCUGAUGAAGAGUGUUGAGUUGAUCUCCAAGUUCAGAGAGACGCAGUUCGAUUUCGUCAAAGCUGGGAGAGCUGCGAAUUCGGAAGUUAUCUCUGUGAAUCCAGUUUAUCUCAAAGCUGGAACUCCUUCCAACAAUGGAUUUGUGAUGAAUAUGCAGCCUUCUGAGGCAGAAGCUGGGUAUGAUCUAAGGUUGCCUCCAAUGGCUGAUCCUGAUGUUAUGAAGAAAAGGAUUGCUGAGGAAUGGGCUCCUUCUAUUAGGAACAUGACCUACACGAUAAAAGAGAAGGGGAAGUUAAGAGACCAUUUAGGACGACCGAUAAUGACUGCAACUAAUGGUUCGAAUCCUUGGUGGUCUGUCUUCCAGCAAGCUGUUGAAGCAACUGGAGGAAAACUCGCAAAGCCUGAAAUCUUGGCUUCAACCACAGAUGCACGCUAUAUUCGCACUUUGGGAAUUCCACUUCUGGGUUUCUCACCAAUGAUCAAUACUCCUAUUUUAUUGCAUGACCAUAACGAGUUUCUUAAAGAUUCCGUGUUCUUGAAAGGAAUAGAAGUAUAUGAAUCGGUUAUCAGCGCUUUAAGUUCCUUUGAGGGAGUAUCUGAUCAAGUGAUCUGAAAGCAUGUUUCUGUGCGAGCAUUUGUGACAGGUCGCUUGAAGAUGAUCAAGGCUCACACAUUGCUAUGACCAAGAAGUGUAUCUUGCUGUUUUACUCAUUUUCAUGUAAAGCUAUUGCUUUUGAUAUACAUUCGAGUCCUGUGACCCUGAGUGGCUGGUAAUAAUAAUCUGUAUGUAUCUGACAUUUGAUUGGUAUGCAUAUAAAAUCUCAAACUCUGAAGGAGAAA